AAUUUAACCCGGGCUCUGAGGAAGGAACUCUUCCCCUCCUCUCCCGAAGCCAAGGGAAGGGAAGGGAAGGGAGGAGCCGCGGGGCGAGGGCUUUCUGGUUCCCCCUCUGCCCUUCCAGCUGCGGCCUCUUCCCCCGCCAAUCUCUCUCUCUCUCUCUCUCUCGCGUCACAAUUGGAGCGGCAAGGGCGCCGGCGGCGGCGAGGCUCCCCGUCUGGCUUGGCCGCGGGAGGGGCCCCACAAACAGCUGUUGCUGCUCCUGCUGCUGAGAAGAUGGCGAGGCGCAACGGCGGCGCCCUCCUCCUCCUCCUCCCCGCCUUUCUCCUCGGGCUGCUCUGCUCUCACUUGGGCUACUACAAAGCCUAUGGAAUCACCGUAGAAACAGACAACAAACUUGUUAAAGCAAGAGAAUUUGAGGGAGCAUAUUUAAAUUGUAAGCACAAUGCAAAAAAGCAAAGUGAUACGAGGGUUGAAUGGAAGAAAAUUUCAGGAAAAGACGUUUCAUUUGUAUACUUUCAGGGUUCUUUUAUAGGUAAUUUCAAAGGUCGAGCUGAAAUUAGGCAUUCAAGCAUUCAGAUUAAAAAUGUGACUAGAAAAGAUUCUGGAAAAUACCGUUGUGAAAUAAGCACACCUUCAGAACAUGGACAAGAAGCAGGAGAAACUGAAAUCACUCUCUUAGUUUUGGUCCCAUCAGCUGUUCCUGUUUGUGAAGUGCCCAUCUCAGCUAUGAGUGGGACAGUAGUGGAACUACGCUGUAAAGAAAAUGAAGGUGUUCCUGCUUCAAAGUACAGAUGGUAUAGGAACAAUUUCCCUCUGUCAGAGAGCCUCAUGCUGGGCAAUGUGAAAAAAGAUAGAUUGCCGUAUGCUAUGAACACUACGUCUGGAACUCUGCUCUUCAACCAUGUUUCAAAAAAUGACACUGGAGAAUAUUACUGUGAAGCUGACAAUGAAAUUGGACAGCCUCAGAAGUGUCCUGUGAAGCGAAUGCAAGUUGAUGACCUUAAUGUAAGUGGCAUCAUUGCUGCUGUGGUCAUUGUGGCUCUGAUAAUAGCUUCCUGUGGUCUUGGCGUAUAUUAUGCACAAAAGAAGGGUUAUUUUUCAAAAAAAAAAUCUUCAAGCAGGAACAGCUCUAAAUAUAAACCUGGAGGAAAUGAAAAGGAUUUCAAGCACACAAAAUCCUUCAUUAUUUGAAGAAAUACAAUUCUCUGCGAUCAUCAACUGUUCAGCUGCUGCACAGAACAUCUCAACUCCAUUCUGUAAAUGAAAAGAGUGGUGCAUACAGAAAGCCAUUGGCAAUUACGACACUACUGUUAAGUGGACAGAAGAUUGCCAAAGGUUGUUAGUUUAUUUGACAGUGAUUUUUACUGGAAGAUAAUAGUGCACAAACAUAUAAAAGGCUUUCUGCUGGGCAAUGUAUCCACAAAGGUAUUGAACUAGGAAAAAUAAACAAUGAAAUGUAGUUCUAGUUGCUACAUUUCAAUCAGUUACUGUGGCAUCAACAAAACUGUAAAAAAGGGCUGGAAGAAUUGGUUUUUUUCCCUGUAACACAAGUAUACAGACAAGAGUAAGUUGUUUGUUUCUGCCACAAGAUGUGGCAAUAUCCACUAAUUCAUCAUGCUGCUGUGAAUGGAAAUUGAAGAAAUCCAUGGAGAAGAACACUGAUAGUCAUUGGUUUAAAGGCAGAACAUUUUUACAGUGCUGCUGGGGAACAGCGGCAGGCAUUUAGUUGGCCACUUAGAAACCGGAUACCAGUCUAGAGAGACUUAUUUUUUGAUCUUGCAAGAUUCUAGUGUUUUCAAGAAGCCAGCUGUCUGGGUAGCAAGCACAUUUCUGACCAUCUAAUUCUAUCAGCUAUUUGUUAUUCUCCCAAAUCUGGUUGAGCUUGGACACUGUCAGUGCGGUUUUUUUUUUCAUUGUUCAUGCCAGGAGGCUAAUGAUGUCAACAUACCCUUUCCAGUAAGGAACUGAAGUUCAGGAAGCCAUCAAUUUAAUAGGAGCAACUCUGCAAAUCACGAUAGGCUCAGCACCUGAAUUUGCUCUACAGGACAUUUGCAUUUGGGGGGGGGGGGUGCUCUUUUCUCACAAUUGAGAGCAAGAGUCAGAACUACAGCAGGCAUCACAUACAGGCUGACAAUCAUGAGUGGAUGUCUGUAACAAGAUAGCUAGGUAAUUUUUUUUUAGUAUUCUGGGGCAUUAUGGAUAUUCUGUUUGCAAGGUGGAUUAGAAGAGUGUUACUUACAGCAUUUCUUUUUUUACUGUAAGUGCCUUGACCCUCUCAUACCUUAUAAUCACUGACAGAAUUACACAGUUCUAAGUUUGCUGAAGUGUAGUGUUUUUUAUCACUUCAUUUUUUCACUCUUUUCAACACCAGUGAGUGGCUUUAAAAGAACAAGCUCAUAGAUCCUAUUAUAAAUACACUAUUUUUGUGUUCGAUGAUUGCAGUGAUGAUGCAUUGAGACAAUUCCACUAAUAUUUUUCAUUGUUCAUUUCAAACAAUAAAAUCAGGUGUAGAUCAUCUGGUGCCCUCCACAUAUUAAGUCUCCAUACUGCAAGAAUGCCAGACAAUAGAUUGGGAUAUUCAGGAACUUUUAGAAAUAUAUACAUAUAGGAUUUUAACUGUUCAAACAAUUCUCUUUUAACAGAUAUAGUUUAACAUUUUUAUUUCCCAUCCAUAAUAGUGCUAAACAGACUCUCUCUGCCAUAAACAUAUAAGCAGUGAAAUUUAAUUACUUGCCUAAUAGGGAAACAGGAACUGUUUGCGUUUAUCUCAAAUUAAAAUAUUUAUCUCAUUCUCCCUUAUAGAAGUUGUUGCACAUGGGCAUCACUAAAUACAGAAAUUCAUAGAUUGAACACUGAACUAUUUAUUGAAGUCACAAAGACUAUUCAACAAAUCCAAUCCGACACAGUUGCUUGAUGUGCACACACGACCACAUCAUCACUUCUGUUCCUCUUCAAACUUAGGUUCUGCCAAAGGGGAAAACAAGGUGUUAGUAUGAAAAAAAACCCUACAGGAAAAGUAUUGCAACAUGAUGUUAGCAAAUUACCAGAAAUUAAAUGCAACAUCAUAAAUGUUUUUCCUGACAGCAUAUAUCUACAGCUUUAGCUUGGCAAGUAUACAGUGAUCUUUCCAAAUAUCCGAAGGAUCAGGGUCAGCAGCAAGCACUACUACUGAACAAUACUAUAAUGAAUGAAUCCCUAUGAAAUAUGAGUUGUGCAAGAGCAAUGCUUGUUGGUUUCCUUCGGACACAAGUUGUUGUUACCACAUUCAAAUACAAGGAAACAGUAAGAUGGAAUACUUGGCCAGAAAGUCCACCAAAAAGUAAUGCAGAAGUCAAGUAUUUGAGCUAAAUAAAUAUUUGAGAUUAAAGAUCAGAACUGUAGUAUGGACUCUAAUCUAUCUCUGCCUGUAAACUGCAAAUAUGUUUGUACACCUUGUUAUGCUGCAUCAGCUAUAACAUUUACAAAUGUCAAAUAAAAUUUGUUAUCAAUUGUU